GCCAGCUGCCUAUUGAGUGUAGCCAGUGUGUCAUCAGGCGAAGGGGAGAUGAGGCAGGGCCUGAGGACUUUUUGCAAAAUAGACAAAUCCAGCAGAGGAGGAAGGUGAUCUGCAGGACCGGGUGGAGGCUGUCUGGAGAGGAAAGGAGGAUGAGGGGAGAGCCAGAAUCAGUUGAUCCAGAAACAAGAAAAGGCCCUGAUGCCACUGAGGCCAGAAGCAGAAGGGAACUGUGGGAAGGAACCGUGUGGAAGAGCCUGGAAGAGGAUUUCCCCCCUUCUGAUGUCCAGCGGCAGCAAUUCAGGCACUUCUGCUACCAGGAGGCCGAAGGGCCCCGAGAGGCUUGCAGCCGACUGCACCAUCUUUGCCACCAGUGGCUGCAGCCAGAAAGGCACAGCAAGAAGGAGAUCCUGGACCUGGUGGUCUUGGAGCAACUCCUGGCCAUCCUGCCCCCGGAGAUGGAGAGCUGGGUCAGGGAAUGUGGGCCGGAGACCAGUUCCCAGGCGGUGGCCCUGGCAGAAGGCUUCCUCCUGAGCCAGGCAGGUGCCAAGAUUCAGGACCAGCAGGUGCAGGAAAAGUUCGUGCAGGAUCGUUACCACGGUGUGGCAUUUCUUGGCGGUGCCUUAAAACCGACGAUAUAUUCUUUGUCGACUCUUUGUAGCAGAGAGAAAACGGCUUCCGUUCUGCAAGAUCGAGUAAGUGUGGAACUGCCAAUAACCACAACAACAACAACAACAACAACAUUCAGUUUAUAUACCGCCCUUCAGGGCAACUUAACACCCACUCAGCCAUUUACAAAUUACGUCAUUAUUAUCUCCACAACAACAAACACCCUGUGAGGUGGGUGGGUCUGAGAGCGCUCCAGAGAGCCCUGACUAUCCCAAGGUCGUCCAGCUGGCUUCAAGUGGAGGAGUGGGGAAUCAACCCCAGUUCUCCUGAUUAGAGUCCCACUGCUCGUAACCACUACACCAAACUGGCUCUCAAUCAUGACCGUGGGUGAAUGCCUGCACCACCCACCCCUUCCUAGCCCAGAGAGAAUCUCGCUGUCUCUUUCCCUUGGCUGCUUGGUGUGCUCUCCACUAGAUGGAAAAGGAAAAGGUUGGAUGGAAGGUUGAAUCCUGCAUACAAACAUCUAAUUGUUGUCCUUUUGGAUUGCCUUUAGAAGGGGAAGAACGGUCCCAUUAUCUGAGAGGAGAGAGGGGUCUCUUUUGUGCUCUUUUCAGGGUCCGGUGACCUUCGAGGAGGUGUCUGUUCAUUUCACCGAGGAGGAGUGGGCUCUGCUGGGUCCGGACCAAAGAAGCCUUCACAAGGAAGUCAUGGAGGCCAAUCGUCAGGCUGUGGCCUCUCUGAGUAAGGCUCCCCUUUCCCUUUAUUCACUGUGGCUGAAGGCAGAAAUGGCUGCUUCUAAGAAGGACUCUCUGGGGCUCUUCCAGUAGAGACUGUCAGUUGGCUUCAGAAGACUGGAGGCAGAACCCUUUUCUCUGGGAAGCUCCAUCCAUACCAUUGAAGGGAGUGGAAGGAGCAUUACAGCUGCCCCUGCUACGUUCCAAUGGAUGGAGCAUCAGUUCCGCCCCUGCUAUGAGACAGAGACUGAUGGUCCCCAGAAAAACCCUGAAGGAGAACCACAGGAGUUCCCAUCAGAAGGGAAACAGAGAAGAAAAAGCAACGGAACAAAACGGAAGAGGAGGAAUGAAACCUCGGCUUCUCAGGGUGCUGAAUGCCAGGACAUCCUGCCAUACCAUGGAAGAAUCAUUUGCCCCGUUUGUGGAAAAACAUUCUUUCAUGAUUCAAUGUUUGAAACACAUUGGAGAAAACACACAGGAGAGAAACCAUAUAAAUGCUUGGAGUGUGAGAAGAGCUUUGCUCAGAGUUCAAAGCUUACUAUCCAUCGACGUAUCCACACAGGAGAGAAACCAUAUAAAUGCUUGGAGUGUGAGAAGAGCUUUGCUCGGAAUUCAAAGCUUACUAUCCAUCGACGUAUCCACACAGGAGAGAAACCCUAUAAAUGUGUGGACUGUGGAAAGGGCUUUGUUGAGAAUACACAGCUUACUCUCCAUCGACGUAUCCACACAGGAGAGAAACCAUAUAAAUGCUUGGAGUGUGGGAAGAGCUUUGCUCGGUGUACAAACCUUACUGUCCAUAAACGAAUUCACACAGGAGAGAAACCCUAUAAAUGUAUUGACUGCGGAAAGAGCUUUACUCGGAAUACACAUCUUAGUUUACAUCAACGUGUCCAUACUGGAAGAAAGCCAUAUGAAUGUGUGGAUUGUGGAAAGUGCUAUGCUCCGAAUAGAGGGCUUACUGUCCAUCAGCAUAGCCAGACAGGAGAAAAACAAUAUAAAUGUUUGGAUUGUGGAAAGCGCUUUGCUUGAAGUAUAGAGCUUACUGAUCAUAAGCCUAUCCACACAGGGGAGAAACCAUAUAAAUUAUGGACUGUGGAAAAAGCUUUGCUCAGAAUAUAGAUCUUACUGGCCAUCAACGUAUCAAUACAGGGGAGAAACCAUAUAAAUGUGUAGACUGUGGAAAGAACUUUGCUCGGAGUAAAGUAAUAAGUAACUUAUUAUCUAUCCUUCGACGCAUCCGUUAGGGGUGUGCACCUGAAAAAAACCUGGGCGAGAAAAUGAUCCCUAAUAACCAGAAACCCGAAGUGGCAAGCCACUUUGGGAUUCGCAUAUUUAAAUUGCUUUGGUACACUCCAUAAAGAUUUGGAGCACACUGAAGGGUGGGAGGAAGCUUCAGCUGGCCUAAGGGGGAUUCCCCCGUGGGCCAGCUGGAGUUUAAGAGGAUCUUUUCUGAUGCUUUGUAAGCGACAGGAGAAGGGUCCUUUCAGCUCUCCAGCUGGCUCAGAGGGGGGGGGAUCCCACCUGCGGCAGCUAGAGUUUUAUGGGACCUUUCGGCACUCCAGCUGGUUCAGCUGCCUGGCAACGAAGGCCCCGCCAGGCAGCUGAUGCCAGGGUUUAAAUGCCCCUUUCCCUAUUGCUUCGAAGUGGUAGGGAAAGGGGCACUUAAACCCCGCUGGCUUGCAUCAGCUGCCUGGUGGGGAAGUCCCUGCCAGACAGCUGAUGCUGCAGUUUUAAAUGCUUGGGAGCAGCACAGAAAGGGAUGCUUAACCCUCUUGACCCGAAGCUUCCUGAAGCGAUAUGAAUUGCUUCAGGAAGCUUUGAUUUUGGGUUUCCGAAUCAGGCCCAGCAUUGGGAUUUCUAAUUUGGAAAUCCUGAACUUUUGCAAAUUGGGUCUGAUUUGGGUAUUCAGAAACCUGAAAUGCACAUCCCUAGUAUCCAUACUGGGGAGAAACCCUAUAAAUGUGUGGACUUUGGAAAGAGCUUUGCUGAGAAUUCAAAGCUAACUAUCCAUCUGCGUAUCCAUACAGGGGAAAAACCAUAUGAAUAGGUGGACUGUGGAAAAUACUUUGCACAGAGUGCGCAGCUUACUGUCUAUCAAUGUAUCCACUCAGGAGAGAAACCAAAUAACUGCUAAGGUUGUGCUAAAUUAUAAAUACUUAAAUAAAUAAAUGCUGGUUUCUUAAAUAAUAAAUAAA